CCGAAGGGAACCUGGGGGGGAGCGGCCAUGUCACGGCCCGCCCCGGCGCAUGCGCGGCGCCACCCCGGCAAGAUGGCGGAGGCCGAGGAGCCGAGGCGGCGGAUCCCGCUGGUGCCGGAGAACUUGCUGAAGAAGAGGAAGGCGUACCUGGCCAUCAAGGCCACCCAGGCCAAGCAGGCGCUGCUCAACAAGCGCAAGCAGCAGAAGGGGAAACAAAUCCAGUUCAGACGCCUUGAGACUUUUGUUCGCGAUUCGUGGCGCAAGCGCCGCGAUGACACCCGGCUGAGGCGCAUGGAGCAGAGACCUGGGCAGGCGGUGGCGGCACCUCAGGAGCGCAAACUGGCCUUCGUUGUGCGGAUUGUGGAUAUUAAGGGAGUGACCAGGAGGGUGAAAAGAGCGAUGGAGCUGCUGCGGCUGAGAAAGAAUUUCACUGGGAUAUUUGUUAAACUGACCCCAUUAACCCUGAAGUUGCUGCGGGUCGUGGAACCUUACGUGGCGUGGGGAUACCCAAACCUGAAAUCUGUACGAGAGCUCAUCCUGAAACGGGGCCAGGCCGUGAUCAAGAAGAAGAGGGUGCCUCUGACAGACAACAUGCUGAUAGAGGAACAUUUAGGGGGCUGUGGUAUUAUUUGCCUGGAAGACCUUAUUCAUGAAAUCUACUCAACUGGGAAGUAUUUCAAAAAAGUCACGAAGUUCCUGUGGCCAUUCCACCUGUCGGUGGCUCGCCACGCAUCGCGUAACAAAGUGGGUUUCCUCAAGGAAAUGGGAAAGCCUGGCUACAGAGGGGAAGCCAUCAACCAGCUCAUACGUCAGCUCAACUAGUCAGGGUCUUUGUGAAAACUUCAGGAUUUAUAACCUGUUCCUUUUUCACAUGUAACUCUAAUGGACAUUAUCUAUAUGCAAGGAUCCGCUAUCUCUCUUGACUGUUUGUGCCUCUAUAAAAGAAGAAACACAGAGAUGAUGAUGGAGAUGGACUUUGGGCUGGUCCUUCUUACAAGAUAAAUACUAUUGGAUACAAGAAUGAACUUCCUUGAGAAAUUUGACUUUUGCAUCUCUGUUAAACAAGGUUUUUUAUGCUCACUACUGCAGACUUCACUCCUUGAAGUGUACCUGCUUCUAGGUGUGAAGGUGUAGUGCAGUCCACCUGUUUAGGCUGAACAAGCAGAAGAAAACAUCAGGUUUCUUUGUUACUGCAGUGCCAGCCCUCAUAAAUUUUUCAAUUACCUAGAUUGUAUUUAUUUAAAAAAAAAAAAAAGACAUGAUUUUGUGCUACUGAUUGAUUUACAGAAGACUGCCUUUCUACUUCUGCUAGACUGGGACUGCUGGAGAGAAUUAUUUCCUGGUAGGAAAGCCCAGAAGGUUUGUAAUACAGUGGUGGGGUACAUGUUAUCAAUGUUUUUUAAAUAAACUUCUGGAAUUAUAUUAUUAUAACAGAAAGAGUCCUACAUCACUGUAAAAGAGUGGAAAAAGUCCAGUCCUUUGGCUGAAAUUAAUGUGGUGAAGGAAGGAACAGAAACGUGGAAGAGUCCGAAAGUUCCAUUAACAGAGUUUUAAAUCCCUAAUUUCUUCCACUGCAGCAAUGGUGACAUUCGGAAUACUCACAGGCAGAUUCCAGCAGUGGCAGGAAAGUUACUGUGGCAGUUAUUUGUCUGAUGACAGAGCGAAUUUCAUCCUGAAUUGCUUUCUGAGACUUUUCUCGGGGUCCACUGGAAAAGCAAGGAAACUCUGGUAAGAAAGAAAACUUCUACUGUGGUGACAGCUUCCUUUAAAUACAGUUCUCUCUAUUAAGCUCUGUUGGUCUGUUUGCUACAGUAUGUUUAUAGUAGUGACACUUUAAAACCUUAGCUAGGUAGACUUAAAAAAGUCUAUAGCUGGUCUCCCUUUGUUGUUGUUUAUGCAGCUUCCCAAUAUUUGUAAGGAAUGUUACAUUUAUUCUCAGUCCAAAAUGAAAGAGAGCACUUUGGCAUAACAACAGGAAAGCAGCAGUUCUUUGGGUUAUGUACCCAAAUGUACAGGACUUUACAUGCUUUGUUGAGGAUUAAAAAUCGAAGUUUGAUCUGAUGCUUGAAAAAAAAAAACAAAAAAACAAAACCUGACGAUUAUGUAUGGUUUGAUCAUAAAACCACUAAGAAAGGAGGAACAAGUGAAGGAACAAUUACAUGGCAUUGAUCUUGUGCCUGCACAGCUCCUGGGGAUAAGGAAGAGCAGGUGUGGAGGGGCUGCGUUACUCACUUGUCAUCCUUCGCAGUUUUGUCACACUCGAUGUCGAACUGCCACCGCUCCAGGACCUCGUUGUUCUCGAUGCUGGAGAUGACGACCACCAGGCGCUGCACGAUGCACUUGUACAGCCACUCUGAAAGAAGCCAAGCGGUCAGUGACAGAGCGAGAAGGGCCAGCAGAGGCACACCAGGGAGGGCCCGGGAGCCUCCCCCGCACCUUUCAUCUGCUCCGUCACGUUGUUGAGAUGAAAUGUUUCUCAGUAAUGACUUCCGAAGGCUUGGUGCUCUCUGAAGAUCCAAGGAUCCCAUCUUCCAUCGGUUUUUGGAAGCAGCUGAAGGAAAACUGGGAACUGCAGUGCUGUAUGAAGAACUGGCAGGUUUCUCAGCAGCAAGAUUGGCCUCUUUACACUGGAAGACCUCUGUCUGGGGUGUUUGUAUUUCCACCUGGUUUUGACAAGCUGAGUGAAAUAUAUCGGACAAGAGGUUGGAGUCUGUGGGAUAACCAGAAAUACCCACCCUGGCUCUGGAGAAAACCUUCCCUGCUUUUGAGCACCAGAAGUACUGAACAUCUGGGGAUCAUUUGGAACUCUAGCUGCUCCCUCGCUAUGGAAGACAUGAAAGAAGCAGUUAAUGUUUCUUUUCUGGAUCACAGGCUGACCUGCUUCCUCUGCAGCCCUUCCUUUGGAAGCAUCAGCACUGAUUUGGAAAGGGUAUGUAUCCAUCCACACUGCAGUAAACACUGUUUGUAGAGUUGGACACCACACUUACUCCUCUUUGUUGGGUCACAUGCGGGCAAGGGUUCUCUAACGUGCUCUAUUAUUCUGGAAGUCAGUUUAAUGACUGCAUGCUAUGAAAGUUAAAGCAAUUAUAUGUAAUGCAUGAUGAUCAAUAUGACUUCCAAAUGUUCGCAUGUAAUGCAUGUCAGAUUCCAGCUGGAAAACAAAACAAACCCCUCGAGGUUGCAGGCUGUGCUUUAGAAGAGCCACAUGUUGUAACCUCAGAACCUCAAAAUAUCAGCUGGUUUCUGUGCAUGAUCAGAGCAGUGGAAUCUGUGCCACAUUCUGCCCUUUAUUUCCUGGAAUCUGGCUGCAGUAACAAUCAGAUGUGCACUUCUGCCAAAUGCAGCCAGUGUCUGAUGCACAUUCAGAUCAGGGAAUAAUCUGUACUUUUUUUUUUUCCCUCAUGGCAUAUCUCAUUCUGACAUUAUUUUUGUACCGGAUAUAACAAAGAUAGAUAUGUAAAUAAGGAAGGACCUUUUCUAAAAUUCAUCCGUGGAGGCUCUUAUAUUGCUUUUAGGUAAAAUGAAACCAUCUAUAGACACCAAAUGAGAUCAAGGACCAUUUUGCUCUCAGACUGCAAGAUGUAACCUUCUGUGAAACAUUUAAAAUAAAAAUACUCUGGACACAUAAAAGAAACAGAUUUUCACCUUCCUGGAAAGAAGAGCAGAAGUGAUCAAUCACUGUUGCCAGGAACACUUUGCCUUUGUCAGCAGAACCUCUGGAAGAGCCCAGGUAACUCUCAUUUCAGUCCUUCAGCAGAUUUCUGUGUCCCACACGUAUUUCCUACCCUAAUUUAUGUGUUCCUGCUUCUGCUGUUUUUAUCCACUGCUGGUGCACACAGUGUUCAUUUUUUUAAAUUAUCAGGCUGUAGAUAUAAGUGACCAGUAUAAACUGAGCCUGAGCCAUUUAGGAACUGCUCCCCUGUCCCUUCUGGCUCCUCUUUUCCUUCUCCAGAGGCAAUGGCACCCAGGAAAGAGGUAGGUCUAAAAGCAAGGAUAGCAGCUGCCUUAACUGUCAAGCAGUGGUCUGUUUGUAUUCCUGAGUUAUAUACAGUUCAGGCAAGGAAAAGGUCCAAAUAAAUACCAUUAAAUAGGAAAAAGAGAA